CCAGAAGAGAACCUGAUCCUUUACUCUGAGGAUAGCACCUCUCUUAACAUGUCUAGAGGAGUCUUUUCCCAUCCUGUGGCAGUUGGAGACUGCUUGUGUCAUAGACCUUCAGUGGACAAAGCUGUGGAGAACCACACAAGCCCAAGUGUGAAAGGGUGCACGUACACAGAGGCCAGGCAGAAAAAGUUAAGAAAUCCUGCCCACUGAAAACAGAAGAGGACUGUGCCUCACUUCUGCAUCAUAUUGCUGCCCACUAAGUGAAUGCCCUUUGUGUACAUGGAGGCUGAACAUCAGAAUGUGUAGACCUGUAGGGUUCCCUUAAAGUCUGCCAGGUGUGAUGGUACCUACCUGUAGUUCCAGUACUCAGAAGUGGAGGUGGGAAAAUGAUGAAUUACAGGCCAGCCCUGGCUACAUACUCAGACUUGAUAUCACGAAUAUUAUAGGAGCUAGAGAGAUGGCUCAGCAUUUAAGUGUGUGUACUGCUCUUGCAAAAGACCCAAGUUUGGUUUUAUUGCUGUGAAAAGACACUAUGACCAUGGCAACUCUUAUAUAAAGAAAAAUAUGCCUCUUUCCACCAUGCCUCUUUCUGCAAACCAUCACCAUGGUGCGUAAGAAUGUCCUGGCUGAUGCCCUCAAGAGCAUCAACAAUGCUGAGAAGAGAGGCAAAAGCCAGGUCCUCAUUAGGCCCUGUUCCAAAGUCAUUGUUCGGUUCUUAACUGUGAUGAUGAAGCAUGGUUACACUGGUGAGUUUGAAAUCAUUGAUGACCACAGAGCUGAGAAAAUCAUCGUGAACCUCACAGGCAGAUUGAACAAGUGUGGAGUGAUAAGCCCUAAGUUUGAUGUGCAACUCAAAGACCUAGAAAAAUGGCAGAACAAUCUGCUCCCAUCCCGUCAGUUUGGCUUCAUUGUCCUGACGACCUCAGCUGGCAUCACGGACCAUGAAGAAGCAAGAUGAGAACACACAGAAGGGAAAAUCCUGGGAUUCUUUUUCUAGAGAUGUGAAACACAAAAAGCCUCCAUGGACUGAAAAAAAGAAAAAGGUUUAUUUAUUUGGGGCUGGCUCACAGUUUCAAAGGUUUUGUCCAUUAUUGUCAUGGCAGGAAGCAUGGUGGUGUGCAGGCAGACGUAGUAUUGGAGAGAGAGCUAAGAGUUCUACAUCUUGAUCCUGGGGCAAGCAGAGGGAGACUGUGCUAGACUGGGCAUAGCCUUUCUCCACCCCCUGGGAUCUUUGCCUGGAGUCAGACUCGCCCCUUCGCUACGCCACGCCCCUUUGGCGUGGAGCCUUUCCCCACAGC